CCGGGACCGGGACACCCCCUCGGAUGAAUGGGGCCGGAGCCGACUGCGAACUACAGCUCCUCGGCCGGCAGCGUCGGUGGUGGCCCCGGAGGAGAGCUGCGCUGCAGGGCGGUGGGGAUGUUCUGUGCCGCGGCGAACGCAGCAGCCGGGCUUCUUAGGGUGGCGGUAUAAGCGGGCGCCUGCUUGUGCGCGCUCGCUCUCCUUCCCCGGCACCGGUCAUGCGCCCGGCGUUCGCGGUGGGCCUGGUGUUCGCAGGCUGCUGCAGUAACGUGAUCUUCCUAGAGCUCCUGGCCCGGAAGCAUCCAGGAUGUGGGAACAUUGUGACAUUUGCACAGUUUUUAUUUAUUGCCGUGGAAGGCUUCCUCUUUGAAGCUGAUUUGGGAAGGAAGCGGCCAGCCAUCCCAAUCAGGUACUAUGCUGUGAUGGUCACCAUGUUCUUCACUGUCAGCGUGGUGAACAACUAUGCCCUGAAUCUCAACAUCGCCAUGCCCCUGCAUAUGAUAUUUAGAUCUGGUUCUCUAAUUGCCAACAUGAUCCUAGGAAUUAUCAUUUUGAAGAAAAGAUACAGCAUAUUCAAAUAUACCUCCAUUGCCCUGGUGUCUGUGGGGAUAUUUAUUUGCACUUUCAUGUCAGCAAAGCAGGUGACCUCCCAGUCCAGCUCCAGCGAGAAUGACGGAUUCCAGGCAUUUCUAAGGUGGUUACUAGGUAUAGGGGCACUGACUUUUGCUCUUCUGAUGUCAGCAAGGAUGGGUAUUUUCCAGGAGACCCUAUACAAACAAUUUGGGAAGCACUCGAAGGAGGCUUUGUUUUAUAAUCACGCCCUUCCCCUCCCGGGUUUCAUCUUCCUGGCUUCUGACAUUUAUGACCAUGCGGUUCUGUUCAAUAAGUCUGAAUUAUACCAAGUUCCCUUCAUUGGUGUGACAGUGCCCAUCAUGUGGUUCUACCUCCUCAUGAAUGUCAUCACUCAGUACGUGUGCAUCCGGGGUGUCUUUAUCCUCACCACAGAAUGCGCCUCCCUUACCGUCACCCUUGUCGUGACUCUGCGCAAGUUUGUCAGCCUCAUCUUUUCCAUCUUGUACUUCCAGAACCCUUUCACUCUGUGGCACUGGCUGGGUACCUUGUUUGUCUUCGUUGGGACCCUAAUGUACACAGAGGUGUGGAACAACCUAGGGACCACAAAAAGCCAGCUUCAGAAGGAGGACAAGAAGAACUGAGGUCACCCUGGAACAGAGAGACCAGUGUCAAAAUGGGCCAGGGUCUGGUGAAGGUCUGGCCACCGUUUCGCUUUUGUUAAUGCUGAAGUAUUGAACCAGCCAUGUACCAGAGAACCCUCAGAACGAGGGACGCCUCAGAUUUCUUACUGCUGUAGACACCAACGUUUGUGGACUCUGAAUGGAAACCCCGCAACCCUGAAAUAGAAGUAAGAACAGUUGUCCACUAUUGAACAGCCAGUUGGGUUGUUACUUGUUUACCAGAAUAUUUAGUACUGUUACUUGUUUAUUGAAUUCUGAGUCCUCAGAGCUUCUAGUUUUUUAUCCGUGGUCUUGGGCAAGAUGAUCUCUUGUUGCUAUUCUGAUGGUUCUCUGCCAUACAGUCCUUAUCAUCCUGUGGCCUCGUCCCUUUUUUUUUUUUUUGUCACCUUUCCCCUCCCCCCUCCCCCCCAACCCCAGCAGCACUUUCAGCCAGUCAGACGCUCCAGGGAUCAUCAUCAGGAACAACUGAGUGGCCAGGUGAACGGAGACACCAAGGACGUUGGCCUGGGAAGGAAACAGUCAUCCUGUGAGCUGAGCCCUGGUAACGCUGGAGCAGGACUGAUGGGAAUCCUUUCCCACAGCUUUUUUUUUUUUUUUCCCCCUAUGCAAAAGUCUUCUAUUUUCUGUGCUGGAAACAAACCUGCAGCAUAUCUCUAUGGCACAAAGUUAAUAAGAAAGAAAGGUCGUGUAUGAAUUGGGAGAGACGUUCUCCGUGUCUUCUACAUGAACCCCGUUAGCUCAGAGAUGCGAUGGUGACGCCAGGAUGGCGGGGAGAAGCUGGCCCUCGUCAGCACCGAGAGAGCCACAGCUAAAUGUUCGAAAGGCUUCUUCACCAGAGAGAUUCAGCCCUGCCGGUCAGUCUGGUAAAAGUCCUGGUCCGUCAGGCUAAGGAGUAGACUGAUACAUGGUGGGUGUGGGUUGUGGUGUGUAAGUCAGGUCAAAUCACAACUAAAAUGAAAAGUUUUUUGGGUUUUUUUUUCCUAUGAGGUAUCUUAAUGUUCUUGAUGGGUAAUCUGCGGGGGCUUGGGAGGUCGUGUGUUUUACUCCGUGUAGAAACCUGCCCCCCUUUGGCUGAUCACGUCGGAGGUGUAGUUUCCCUCCCUGGGAAACUUUGGAGAAAGAGGAACAAUGUGAACGUAGAGUGUAGAGGUGUGUGCGCACUCGCGUAGCUUGUGUGAUAAUAUUGGAGGAGAGAAGAGCGUGAAAAUCUGUUCUUUUAUUUUCUUGUUCUUCACUCCGCCCCAGACCUUCAUUAACCUCCCACAAGCACAUGCUUUUCUUUUUUGCACACAAAGGCCUUUCAUGUUUUUCUGGACGCGGAUUGUGAUCUUAAAUUGCGACGUGGCUCUCCGGGUCCCCGUGGCUCACUCUGUGGUGUGUCGUGUUUCCUUCUCUUUCUGCAGCUUUUGUCUGAGGGGGUCUGACAUAAGUGUUCUAGAAUCUUUGGGUCGCUCUGGGGAAGUAACUUAAGUUGCCUCGCUCGUUCCAUAACGUGGAUAUUGUUUCUCCAUCUAAGUCACAGGGUUUUCAGACUGAUAUGUCGUUCUGGACAUGGACAACUUUCUAGUGCUGGUAGUGAUUUAUUCUAAAAGAUGGUGAAUUUGGUAUGAACCCAUUUAUAGAACCAAAAGGCAUUUUCUUUGAAAUACGUAGAGCUCCUCAGACUGAUGGUGCUAUGAAUAGCAUCUGUUAAAUAUCCUCUUAAAAACAAAAAUAAAAGCUACUUUUGUAAAAAAAAAAAA